GGCAUCAGAUGACGGUUUAUUGUGGGCGAAGCUGCGGAUUUCUGCCAGUCCGUCAGCAUCACGGAGCAGAGCUGCCGCCCACCGCACCGACACCCAUGGAAAUCAAAUAAAACGACGCGUUUGCCCUUUCAUCUUUCUUUUCGUUUCUUUUCCCAACACCGUUGAAUCAGUACCAUGGCCGAGAUAACUCAUUUCAAACCAACAUAUGAGGUGUCACCGGUGCUGGCCGGUUUCCUUGGUGCAGGAGUCUUGGUGGUCUCCGCCACUGUGGCAGUCUUCCUCUGGACUUGCUGCCAGCGCCAGUACCGGCAGUUGAGAGGCAGCUAUAAGCUCCAAUCAGGGAUAUGUGACUCUCAAGUGGAUCCACCUUACAAGUUCAUCCACAUGCUGAAAGGCAUCAGUAUCUAUCCAGAGACACUGAGCAAUAAGAAAAUUGUUCGUGUCCAGCGACGAGCUGGAUCAUGUGUAAAUGGAGGCUCUUGGAUCAAACAGAGUCACAAAGGAGGGACAGGAAGUGGGAGGUCUGUGUUGGAGAACACCACUCCUGAAGUGGGUCUGUUCAGUAAUUCUGUCAAUUCGCAGAUGACCCAUCUGCGUCCCCCCAACUUGGGGCAGCCACCCUUAGAGAGGGCACUGCCUGUCCGGGCUGAUUAUUGCUGCUUGGACAGUAAGACGGCAUCACACUUGACUCCAGUAAAAGCCAGCGUGCAGCCUACCACCAUGGGAACACUUGUCCUGGCAGUGGAUUACAACUUCCCCAAAAAAGCCCUGGUUGUAACCAUCGUAGGGGCCCACGGGCUGCCGGUCAUGGAUGAGCUGGCAGGCAGCUCUGACCCCUAUGUCAAGAUGAUCAUCCUGCCAGAGAAGAAGCAUCGUGUUAAGACUCGUGUGUUGAGGAAGACCUUGGAGCCAUUGUUCGACGAGACCUUCACCUUCUAUGGAAUAGACUACGGCUCACUGCCUAACCUCAUACUGUACUUCCUAGUACUCAGCUUUGAUAGGUAUGCCCAUGAUGAUGUGAUUGGGGAGGUUUCAGUGCCACUGGCAGGGGUGGAUCCCCGUACUGGACAAGUCCACAUCAGCCAGAACAUCACCAAAAGGCAUAUCCAGAGUGUGAGCAGAGGAGAGCUCCUGGUGUCUCUGUCCUAUCAGCCCAACUCUCAGAGGCUCAGUGUGCUGGUGAUGAAGGCCAAACACCUACCAUCCCUGGACAUCACUGGCAUGCCGGGCAACCCAUAUGUGAAGGUGAAUAUCCACUAUGGCCACAAGCGUAUCGCCAAGAAGAAAACUCAUGUUAAGAAGUGCACACUCAACCCCGUCUUCAAUGAGUCCUUCAUCGUGAAGGUUCCAGCUGAGCUGCUCACUGACGUCUCCAUGGAGUUCCUGCUGGUAGAUUUCAACCGGACCAUCAAGAAUGAGGUGGUGGGUCGGCUGGUCCUGGGUGGCCAGAGCCACAUGCCCACGGGUGCAACCCACUGGCGGGAGGUGUGCGACAACCCCGGGCGGCAGAUCGCCAAGUGGCACAACCUGGACGAGUAUUAAAACUGCUCCGAAUAACUGUACUAAGUGGUAAAAUUUUAUCAUCCGCCUUCUUCUCUUCUUUUCUUAUUUUUAUUUGUAUUAUAUUGGCACCUUCUUUGGUGCUAAGCAAUCAUUGUUGUAGUGUUUCUGCACUGCACUUACUAGAGAUUAUCUGUCAGUCAAACAAUGUGGGACAUCUUUUUCCUUGGAUUUUCUGUUAAAGGUUCUGCAGGUGGCACUGCUUUUGUCUGUUAAGCCAUGGUGGCUAUGACUGCUCAUGCUAAAUACCCAAUAUAGGGUUUACAUGGGAGUGGAUUUUCACUCCUGCCCCAUCCCACUCCUACUAAUAUACUCCUGUCGUGUCCCAUCCUCUGACAGAGUAAAAAAAAAAUUGUGUCCUGUCCCAAUCCCGGACACGGAUGGGAUUGUUUCUUUACUUACUUUGUGCUCUACUGGACAGUUUUUUAUUCACACCAUUUGGCCUGUAGGAUGGCCCGCACUUUUAUACAGUCUAUGCUCAUCGAUCCACACACAUCACACACUGGUCAGGUGGCUCGUUGGAUCCAUCCAACCAGCAACCAAAGACCAGAACAGAAUGACUAGCAUUAUGUUCAAAAUAAAGUGUGUCUGUGUGUGUGUGUGUGUGUGUGUGUGUGUGUGGGUGUGGGUGUGGGUAGGUGUGUAUACACACACACACACACACACACACACACACAGACACCCACACACAUACAUAAACUGGGCUGUUGUUAUUAUGAUUCCCAUCCUGCCUGCUCCCGCUGAAUUGCUUUCCUUUCCUGUCUCAGUCAUGUGAUGAAUAGUGAACUUGACUUUGAUCCCCCAGGAAUCCUGUGACCUGCAGGAGUCCUGAAAAAAAUGUCAUCCUCUACUACCCAGUUCUUCUCUUGUAUAUUUCAAACAGACUGAAAACAUUAAAUGCAUCACUUCCUGUUCAGCAGAGGAUUUUUCCAGGAAAGAGCUACCAGAUGCUUCCAUGAAAUGGAUAUUGUCUGAAUUGCUUUUGUGUUAUAUCCAGUCAGCUGUAGAAAAUAGCACGUUUUUGCAUUUGAAAAUAUUGCAGAGGGUUACUUUCCUCAACAUGGCACAGAGUUGGUCCUCUUCUACACAAAGCCACAAGUCCAUAUAAAUAAAGUGCUUACAGAAGACAGGAACCUAAAACUUUAUGAUGCAAAUGAAAACAGACAGCUGUACAGCUUGUCACUCAUUUCAGCAUGGCUCUAAGGAUAGGAUGUUUAUGCCAGUGAUUAAUGAGAUAAAUAAUAAAAAGAAAAGGGAUUAGACCCUUUCUCCAACUCCACAUCCCUGUAACAUAGUACAGUGCAUACUUACUGCAUGUCUAAACAAAUGAGGAAAAACACGGAGUGAAUAAAUUAGUAACAUAAAAAUACUCUUGCCCAAAUUCACCGAGGUGUGGUAUCGAGGGAUUAAGACUUUCUGGAUCAUGAAGAUUAAUGUUGGUGCUCACGUAAAAGAAGAAAGGUUUUUAUUGAACCUCCAAGGCAGCAAGUUGAACUUCAGAUUGCUGCUGUUUGUCAAAGGAGAAACAGCGUCCAUCCCGGCUUUCCUCCAGUUCCACACCACUUUUCUAGCUCUAAAUUUAUGAGCAUCAUUGGAUUUUUAAUUAUUUCACUGUAUCAUGGCAUGGCAUAAAAGCCAAUGAGCAAAUUUGCACAAAAGUGACUUGGAAAAUUAGCAAGAAAUUAGUAAGGAAUUACAGGAAAUCAACUAGAAAAUGACCAGAAAAUUGCCAAACAAAAUGGUAAAAAGUGCCCCAAAAAUACAUCAGAGGUGGUGCCCAAAUCAAGAAAUUUUUGAAUCUGGUGGAUUAUCACUUUUAACUUAAUUGAGGACUCCAGAGUCCAGAAGUGUCUGAUUUGAAAUUACCAUCUGCUUUGGAAAGUCAUGUUGUGGCAUAGGAUUUGUUAUUCCACAUUAAGGCCUGUCUUACUCACAUCUCUGUCUGAGAGACCACCCUAAAGGUUUGUGUGAAGAUGACUGUACUAUAUAAUAAAAAUAACCAAACCUCAAUGCCAUGUUCUUCACUAACUCUGUGCAAUGAGCAGAAGAGCUGCCUACUAGUGCAGGUCAAAAAAUUAGAGCCUCUUCACCUGUCAUAAUCAUGCAUUUGCAAAUUAUAUGUACUGUAUGAAUCACCAUUUCGUCCACAUAGUAGUUGUUGUCAAAGCGGUUGGGGACGGUACCCAAUUCAC